AUGCUUGUCAAUAAUACCGCUACCAUAAAUAUUGAACGAAGAUGGCGCCAAAUCCGUUCAAUUGUUCCAAUAAAUUCAAAUAGUGAUUAUGAGCUAGCAUAUGAUAUUUAUACAAAUUCAGAUUCAAUAGUGGAUAAAUGUUUGGCAAUUUGUUUAUACUGUCAUCAUGAUAAAAACACCUUCGACCAAUGUGCAAAUAAUCGAUGUCAACAGUUAGAAAAUGUUUUCUUCCCAAAACAUUUUGAUAAAGACUGCUUAUUCUAUCGAACAGUUAUUAUGAGUUAA